UAUUGCAGCCGCUGAAAAAAAUCUCCUCAAUAUCCCCCAAGAUGGCCGCCGAUGUAGGAUCGAUGUUUCAAUAUUGGAAGAAAUUUGAUCUACGGCGGCUUCAGAGGGAGCUAAACUCUGUAGCGUCUGAGCUGGCGGGUCGACAAGAGGAGAGUGAACAUUCCCACAAGCACCUGGUGGAGCUGAGCAGGGAGUUCAAGAGAAAUGUCCCUGAGGAAGUCCGGGAGAUGGUGGCACCUGUUCUCAAGAGUUUCCAAGCCCAGGUGGUUGCUCUGAACAAGCGCAGUAAGGAGGCCGAGUCGGCGUUCCUGGGAAUCUACAAGCAGCUUAUCGAGGCCCCAGAUCCAGCUCCAGUACUGGAGGCCACACACACCCUGGAGGAGAGGCUGCAGCAGCUGCAGAGUACGGCCCCAGACAGCGAGGCCCUGGUCCGAGAGAUCAGUGGGCACUGGAAGAAACACCUGGAGUGCCUUGACAAGACAGAGCCCACGGAGGAGGGAGCAGCAGUAUCGGGGGCAGCAGUGGCAGCAGAGGCUCCAGCAUCCAGCCCUCUAGCCCCCCUGAUGACCCCCAACAGCACACCGGCUCCCGGGGCCCCGGGCUCCCCGCAGCAAAACUACCAGGACCGGGCUGCAGGAGAGGAGGAGAGAGCUGAUGUUAGUUUGGCUGACAGACUAUCAGAGGCCGAGGAGAGGAUCAAGGUCUUGCAUUCAUCUUUGAACACUGCACAGACAGAGCUGCUGGACCUGCGGUGUAAAUACAACCAGGAGAUGACUAACAAGGCAGAGGAGGUUGACGCCAUCAUGACGAACCUCGAGAAGGCGAACCAGAGAGCCGAAAUGGCCCAAAGGGAAGUGGAGAGGCUAAAGGAGCAGCUGGCCAGUGCCCAGAGUGCCACCCCGGGGAGUUGCCAGCCAGCAGAGGGAACUAGCAGGGAGAGGGAUGAGAAGGGUGAGGUGUUGCCCUCCCAGCUGGAGGCUGCUCUGCUGGCUAAAGACCGCGAAAUCCUCCGUCUUCUAGAAAACGUUCAGCGGCUGCAGUUCACACUACAGGAAGUUCAGGAGACCUCAGCCAAUCAGAUCCUAGAGCUGGAACGCCAGCUGGCCUAUAAGACAGAAGCAAUUGAGAGAUUAGAAGCUAAAUUGCAAUCCCAGAUGGACUAUGAAGAGAUUAAAACAGAACUCAGUAUCCUAAAAGUAAUGAAACUGGCUUCGGCAAAUGGCGGCUCAUCCCAGGAUUCUGCCAAGGCUGCCGAGGCGCUUUUGCUGGAUAAAGAGGCCUUUCUUCCAUCUCACAAGUACCUGGUGGACAAGGCCCGAGUCUUGCACAGCAAUGAUGAUGACCAGUCUGAGGAUUCAGGGAGGGAGCUGGGGAGGCCACCCGGCUCCCACUCCUCUUCCUCCCAGGCAGAUGGCCGCGCUUCCCCCAGCCCUGGCCCCCCCACUAUGGACGGGUCUUCCUCCAGCCAUGAUCUCUCCCGCCCCUUCUCGGUGUCGCCAUGCUCUGGGGACCGGCUGUCAGGAGAUCAUAUCCUCCACAAGCAACUCCUCUCCCCGCUCUUUAAAAAGGAGGGCAGUGGCUUAAUGGCUUUCCCCACCGCACUGUACGCAGCCAAAGCCGCCCUCAUGUCAGCCAAUCAGGGACCUGCAGCGGCAGGCGGCAUGGAAGCCGGUCUGCCCAGCGACCAGUCGGAAAGUGGCAGCUCAACUGCAGGCGACGAGGACCAGCUGGACACUGCGGAGAUCGCCUUCCAGGUGAAAGAGCAGCUGUUGAAGCAUAACAUUGGCCAGCGUGUGUUUGGCCACUAUGUGCUGGGCCUCUCCCAGGGCUCGGUCAGUGAGAUCCUGGCCCGGCCCAAACCCUGGAGGAAGCUGACAGUGAAAGGCAAAGAGCCUUUCAUCAAGAUGAAGCAGUUCCUGUCUGAUGAGCAGAACAUACUGGCUCUCCGGACCAUCCAGGUCCGCCAGAGAGGGAGCAUCACUCCUCGCAUCCGAACUCCUGAAACUGGGUCAGACGACGCCAUCAAGAAUAUCCUGGAGCAGGCCAAGAAGGAGAUCCAGUCCCAGAGGGGAGGUGAUGGCAAGUCAUCUCUGAACAGCUCAUCAGGCAGAAGUAGUAACGGGGCAGGUAGCAGCUCCGACGACACCAUAAAGAGCAUCCUGGAACAGGCCAGGAGGGAGAUGGAGGCACAGCAGCAGGCGCUGAUGGAGAUGGAAGUCUGCGGUAGGGCCUCGACUGCCAGCGCAGGAGCUCAGGUGGAACGUCUUGGGCCCCCGGAGCGCUCUAAGGGCCUGCCUUUACCGACCUUCAUCAAACAGGAGGAAGGGGGCUCUGUCACCGUUUGCAUGGCCAACCCCAUCAGCAGCCCUCAGACACCUCUCAGUGUGCUGUCCCCGGCUGCCUUUGUCCAGAACAUCAUCCGCAAGGUCAAAUCGGAGAUUGGUGAGGCAGGCACGUACUUCGACCAGCACUGGUCUCUGGAGCGUGGGCCCUUGGGUCUGGUUGGCGGAGGGAGCUCUCGCCCUUUCACCUCCGUCUCUCCCUCCCUGUCUUCUUCCUCCUCUGGGCCCUCUGCUUUGCCCCGCCCCUGGCCACGUCUGGAGAACGGAGAGGGCCUCCCCAACAGCGAAGAGGCCUCAGCGGCUGAAGACGAGCCGGGGCUGGGCCGGCCCGUGGAGGUGAAGGUGGAGUCAGAUGCAUCAGUAAGUGGGGAGUCUCCGGGCCCUGGCCCUGGGCGGCUGUCCUACUACCCAGCGUACAUUCCCCGUGCCCUCAAGCCCACCGUGCCUCCCCUCACUCCAGAGCAGUAUGAGAUGUACAUGUACCGCGAGGUGGACACCAUCGAACUGACCAGGCAGGUGAAGGAGAAGCUGGCGAAGAACGGCAUCUGUCAGAGGAUCUUUGGAGAAAAGGUCCUGGGGCUUUCUCAGGGCAGCGUAAGCGACAUGCUGUCUCGACCCAAACCCUGGAGCAAGCUGACCCAGAAAGGCAGGGAGCCUUUCAUUCGCAUGCAGCUGUGGUUACUGGACCAGCUCGGCCAGAGCAUCAACCAGCUCCCGAACCAGAGCCACGCUCAGGAUAAAAGCCCAGUUAUGGCCCAGUCCUCACCCUCCCCACCCCCAAGUCCAGCAGAGAGCCACCCCAGCCCGCUGGUUGAACCAGUCAGCUUGGCCCUGGAGAGCAGCAAGGAGAACCAGCAGCCUGAGAGUCUGGGGCUUGGGCUGCCCCCCCACUCAGAGGGAGGGAAGUCCACUCCCAGCCUCAUGGCCCUGCAUCAGCCCACCACCCCACUGGGCAUCCAGGAGCUGGUGGCCAUGUCUCCAGAGCUGGACACUUAUGCCAUCACCAAGAAGGUUAAGGAGGUGCUAACCGACAAUAACCUCGGCCAGCGUCUGUUUGGGGAGAGCAUUCUUGGUCUGACUCAGGGCUCAGUGUCAGACCUGCUGUCCAGGCCGAAACCUUGGCACAAACUCAGUCUGAAAGGCAGGGAGCCUUUUGUCCGCAUGCAACUGUGGCUCAAUGAUCCUCACAAUGUAGACAAGCUUAGGGAUAUGAAGAAGAUGGAGAAAAAAGCCUACCUGAAGAGGCGGUAUGGGCUGCUAAGCACCGGCUCAGACAGCGACUCGCCCAGCACACGCUCCGAAUGUGUGAGCCCAGCCUUGGCAUCACUGGACAUGUGCCCCUACAGCCAGGUGAAGAAGCCCCGGGUGGUGCUGGGAGCCGAGGAAAAGGAAGCCCUAAGGAAAGCCUACCUCCUGGAGCCCUACCCGUCUCAGAACACCAUCGAAAUGCUGGCCUCCCAGCUCAACCUCAAAACCAACACCGUCAUCAACUGGUUCCACAACUACAGGUCCAGGAUGCGACGGGAAGUGCUGAUGGAGGGUCUGCCAGACAAUGACACAGAUGCAGAGCACCAUAGCUACUCACCCUCAGUCACACGGAGCCCCCAGUCCGAUGGAGAGGAGAGGAGGCUGCAGCAGCCCUCAGGACAUAUCCACUCCAGUCGUCCUCUCAGCGCCAACGCUGCACUGCCUCAUGUCAAACAGGAGGCAAUUGACAGGGAGGACGAGGGGGAAGAGGGGAGGGAGGGCUACAUGAGACAGUCAAGAGUUCAGUGUUUUUCCAUGGCAGUACAGUUCCCGCAGUUGAAAAGUGAGCACGAGGACUCCAUUGCUGGCUGUCGUGAGCCCCUCUUGGCUGGCCAGAGCCUGAGGCAGGAAGAGGGGAUGAGCACCCAGGUUCAGGGGCUCUACCCUGGGACGGUUUCCAUAGAUGGUCCCCAGAGAGCCAACCAGUCCAGGCAUGAGGGGGAGGACUCUGGCAAAUCACCUGUUGACCCGGUCAGCUUCAAGGCAUCGUCAGAGCCCUGCCGCAGCAGCCUGGAGGUCUCCCUCAACUCCCCCUCCGCUGCUUCCUCACCAGGCCUCAUGAUGUCAGUCUCCCCUGUCCCUUCCUCCUCAGCUCCCAUAUCGCCCUCGCUGCCCAACCCACCCUCAACAAGCACCAAUCACAGCCUGGACCCUAACCCGCUCCCUCCCUUCCAAAGCCCCAAACUCAACAGGAGCACUCAGAGACGCAAUGAGAAAAUGGCCAACCUCAAUAACAUCAUCCACAGGCUAGAGAGAGCAGCCAAUCGAGAGGAAACGCUGGAGUGGGAGUUUUAAGUUCACCCUCACAUGCAUCUAGUCCUGAUGACCCUCACGGCACACAGGAGACUCUCAAAGAGAAGCUUCCAGAAGAGUUUUAACGGAGCCUGGCUCCUGAAGGCCUGUCCUCUCAGACUGAAUACUGCUCAUAGGAAAUGGGAAACCAGAGCUAAACAUAUGGCCAAAUUCCCUACAAGAACUUCUAGGAAAGAAAAAAAAAUAUUUAUAAAUGUGUUUUAGGUUUUUUUGAUAAUGCAUACUACUUUGAAAUAUAUGUGACAGCAGUAGCUGUUGUUUUACCUAUUGGACUUGACAUGAAGACUUUUGCAGCUAUGGUGUCAUAAAAUGUACACUGAAGUUCUGUAGAUUGCCACUGGGUGAGAUUAAAAAAGACCCCUGUCUUAAGCCAUCAAAAGCACUAUAACUAUUUGAAAAGAGACAUUGACCAAAUUUGCUACUUUUUGAAUAGCAAUUUUUCAGAUUUUGUCUGUAAGACGGGACAGUUUAAGUCAAGUAAAAUGAAAUCCUACUACUGACUGAGGGAUAGUCCUUUAAGACUCUAAAUAUUCAACAUCUCGUACGUACUUAGUUUCUUGGUGAUAUGUUUUGAAAUAUUUGUAACUCACACGUAUAAAAUGUGGUUGUACAUGUUGUAGAAUUGUCUGCAAUAGCCUUCUCUAAACCUGAUGUAGCAUGGUACUCACCUGACCCUGUUAUCCUCUGUAGUUAGUCACCUGUGAUAUACUUGAGCAAAAACAAGAGAAAAAAAAGUUGAAAAUUCCACAAAAAAACCCAACAAAAAACAAACAAAAAAAAGGAAACGUUAAAUCUAAUGAGUAGAGUAUUUUAGUGUUUUUUUUUCUUUGACUUAUCCUCGAGGUUUACAGUUUAGGGCCCUUGUGCUUUUGGUAGUAAGUGAAACAUUCACUUACACAUGAGCACAGUUUACACGAUUUCUUUCAGACUUACCUCUCUGACCCUCUAAGGCGCUAGUUCUCAGACUGUAACGGGCCAAGACACAGGACACCCGGUUACCUCAGAUUAUGUUGAUGCACAUCAUGCUAUGACCAUGCUUUUCAUUCUUACACAUACACAUGACCCAUCAUUAUUUGAAUAAACGGAGGAACACUACUGUGUAUCAUGCCUCAGACAUGUAGAGCUCAAACACGUAGCAAGUGGUGAUCUGUCUUGUAUCUCACCGUUACAAUAUGCUGCUGUUUGAAGAGACAGGGACUAAACGAUUCCCCUGUAUAUAUUGUGACCCCCCUUACAGGAAACACCUGAGUGAGUACUCUGAAAAUGGACUGUUAGCUGAUUUUUUUCUGCCCUUGAAUGUGCUCAUUUACUGUAGCUAGUAUAAUUGUGUAUUUCACUGACGAAACACCUCGACUUGAACUCAGUGAGAUGACAUUGUUUUCACUGAUGGGCAGCCAGAUAUGGUUCAUGGAAGCAACGCACACCACCGCCAAGUAGAUCUAUUUGUGGCUAAACCUCACAGUAUUUGGGAGCAUGAUACAUAUUGUAUGACCUCUUAUCAACAUGAAAACAUUCAAUUUGUAAGUACACUAUAUUCAAGGACACAAAAAGGUAAAAGGUAUCCCCUCAUAUAGUUUGACCACUUGUGUAUUGUGUCUAUAGAAGUUUCUUUGUCAUGCUUGCAAGUUGUUCUUUAUGUAUUUUGCCUCUGUUUUAUACUCAGAACAGUUAACUAGAUAUUCAAUACCUCGUGUAUGAACUACUUACAGCACUUAGAUUUUGAUAAUUGUGAGGAGUCAAGAAAAGUUCAAAUAUCGAAAUUAUCCUAACUUAGUGUCCACAAGUCUUUGCCUUUGCUGUAUCGUUGAAGUUGGUAGUAAACACUUGCACAUGUCUAAAUAGUUCAGAGGACUUGGAUUGUAUUAUGUAGAGAUAUAUAUUACACAAUUACUGAAAAUAAUAUCUUACAUUCUUGGAACAAAAUGUGCUGAUUAUAUUGAAAUAGAGUGUACAGAUUUAAUAAACCAAACCCAUUCAAGCCAGUUCUGGUCUGGCAAGCUUGCCCACGUUUUAGACCUUCUCUCAGGGUAGUCUUGCUUUUUAAAGCUUUACUGAAACAGUUGCUCUCAUCAGUGGUGGUGAAUAUGAUAAUAAAGAAAUGUACCUGGUGUAGAGAAUGACUCCGUCAUAUAUUAAAAAAAAGGGAACUAUGAAAGUUGUGAGUCUAUGGGAAUUGCAGCUCUGCAGAAUACAAAUGGUUGGUUUUAGGAAGUUGUUGCUGUUUUGUAAUUCAUUACACAGAUGUGUCAAAGAACAGUGCAGAUUGUUGGAGCUACCGGGAUGAAGCUAAUGGGUUUCAUUUCUGAGAUCUUGGCAGACUUUACUCUCUCAAAUAUGGAAAUUUUUCAUGCGGCCACAGAAGAUUGUUCUCUGGUUUUCAUACCGGCAUUUUUGUGCAUAAUAUACUGUAUGGUUAGAAGUGACAUUCCUUAUAUGGAGAUAUCAUUGUCUUACAUGGUAACAUGGGCAUAUGCUGAAAAAGAAAUGUAUUUACACAGACCAUUACCUCUUCAUGUAAACCUCAUCUCAUUGUUUUGCAUGCGAUUCCAUUCUGGUCACAUGACAAGGGAUAGACUGUGUUUUGUGUUGUUGUUCUGGCACAUGGACAUUAAUCAGCACUUAAAUCUUGAUAUCAGUGAAGUCCAUGCAUGGUGCAGCUUAUAAAUUUGGCUAAGACAGUAUCAUCAUGAAACAAGUAAAUUGCUAACAACUAACAAAUCCGUGAAAAUCAGAACUUGAGCAGUCCCAUCUAACAUGAUUUCUAAAUGAAUAUUUAAAAUCAGAUUUGUUGUGCCAUAUCAUGCCUCAUGCAUUGUCCUCACAGGAGUAAUGCCUUGCGGUGAAUUGUGAUUUGACAGGGGUAUAGGGCUUUUCCUAACCCCGUGUAGAAAAAGCUAAGCUUUUUGUAUCAAGAGGCCUACACAUUAGAUGAUUUUCUUUUUUCAACUGACAUUAGUCACUAAAUAAUGAAGUAAUUAGUGAGCAAAAUUUGAAUGAUUGCAUGCAGAGUUGUCAAUAUGGGUUGGCAACUCUGACCAUGAAGGUUUGUCAUUAAGGAAAACUGUGAGCCAACAAGAGAAACAAGUGUCCUAAAUGCUUAAAUAACUGUCUAGUACCACAUAUUUCAAGGUAGGCUGUUAAAUGUUAAAGAAUGGACAAAAGUAUGCCAAGCGUCUUGGAAUUAAAUUUACAUAUGUAUCAAGCCAUCAUUCAAUACAUAAUUGUUUAAGA